AUUUUAACAACAACAUGAACAAGUCAACUUCCGCGUGUCACAACAGCAUGUUCGCAGGAAAUCCGACGCACCGUCAACAUGGUUUGACGCGUGGGAGACCAAGAUGCUAGCUUUUCCCGCUUCGGCAAGCUCUCAGGAUUCGACAUCAUUGACUAUGCGCGCCCCGCUACCACACCAUGGUCCAGUCAAACGUCAUGCCGGCCGCGGGAAACGGCAAAAUGGUGCGCGUCUGUCAGCCGUCUAAUGUCCCCUCGUGCCCCUCCAUGCACUGCGUCGUGCUAAGAGAUGGCAAAAUUAUUCCGUUCAAACGCCGACGAAGCCGACGCGUUGUGAUGCAUUGCCUAAGAGCUCUCCCCAGAAACCCAACCCAUCUCACAUUCUCCUCUCUCAGACCUCUGCGUGAAGCUGAAGAGAGAUUCAAUUGAUCACAUUUUACUUGAAGAACAUCACAAAGCAUCAGCAAUAUGGCUCCUCCAGCGGUUCUGAUGGUUGGUACUGGAGAGUACACAACUGGAUUUGUUGGCGGCGGGGCUUCGAAGUCGGACAAAAAAGUUGGUGUUGUAGGACUGACCCUCUUUGAUCUCCGACGACGUGGUAAGGUCGGUGACCUGUCCAUGGUCGGUGUUUCUGGCGGCAAAUUCCCUGCCAUCCGCGAGCACCUCCAAAAGAACAUCUCAGAGGCGUACAAUGGUCUCGAUGUUUCUUUUGACGAAUUCCCCAAAGAAGGAAAGACAGACCCCGAUGCAUACAAGACAGCAAUUGACGCUCUCCCUAAGGGCAGUGCCAUUACCAUUUUCACCCCAGACACGACACAUUACCCGAUCGCUCUGUACGCCAUUGAGCGUGGUAUCCACGUCCUGAUCACAAAGCCAGCAGUCAAGCUGCUCGAGCACCACCAAGAGCUUCUCAAGAAAGCCAAGGAGAACAACGUCUUUGUUUACAUCGAGCACCACAAGCGUUAUGACCCUGCCUACGCCGAUGCACGAUUCAGGGCCCAGAAGCUUGGUGACUUCAAUUACUUUUACUCUUACAUGAGCCAGCCGAAGAGCCAGCUUGAGACCUUCAAGGCCUGGGCUGGUGUGGACAGCGAUAUCUCCUACUACCUCAAUUCCCACCAUAUCGAUAUCAACGAGUCGAUGGUACCUGACUACAAGCCUGUUCGUGUUAUGGGAAGCGCGGCGAAGGGAAUUGCGACAACUCUCGGUUGCGAUCCUGCCACCGAAGACACAAUUACCCUUCUCACCGACUGGGUGAAGAAGGACGACCCUAGCAAGCGCGCAACGGGAGUAUACACAGCUGGUUGGGCAGCACCACAGAAGGCUGGUGUCCAUUCCAACCAGUACUUCCACUACAUGUCUUCAUCUGGAGAAAUCCGUGUCAACCAGGCCAAGCGCGGAUACGACGUCACUGAUGACGAGACUGGUCUGCUUUGGUACAACCCCUUCUACAUGAAGUACGCUCCUGACGAGGAGGGCAACUUCGCAGGCCAGAUCGGCUACGGAUACAUCUCUUUCGAGAAGUUCAUCGACGCCGUCAAUCUGCUCAACGAUGGCAAGGUCACACUCGAUCAGCUCGAUGCGCGCCCGCUUCCUACACUGAAGAACACCAUAGCCACAACUGCCAUCCUCGAGGCGGGGAGGAGAUCGCUGGACGAGAACCGACCCAUCGAGAUUAUCGAGGAGAACGGAGUAUGGUCUUUGAAGUGAGCAUGUCAACUUAGCAAGCGUUAAUCGAUGAAAUAUACACAACUUAUCUCUGUUCGUGACCGACGUCAUGUCAACAAACAAUAUCC